AAAUACAGAAAAAGUGGGUGGUAUCUAUGUAAAUGCUCAGGCGGCCCCAACUCCAAGUCAAGUGGAAAGAGUUCUGCGAACAAUGCACACUGCAGAAGAAGCCGAAUCCGGCGUGGGUGGAGGAACCUUAUCAAAAACCUAUCCUCGAACCUCUUCCUGCCCCUCAGAUGCUCGUUCAGAUCGAUAUAAGGCCAUGGAUUCGCUGCUGCAAUGUCACCAUUGUUGUCUCAUUUCUCUGCAAGGAGCUUCUCCGCCUCUCCUCUUCAGAUCUCUCCCUUCUCUUUCUGCUCUAAACAGCUUUUUUAGGCAAGAAUCAGAGCUACUGAAAUGGUGUUAGGGGUUUUAUGGAUUCUGCUCUUGUGCUGUCUUCCUGUGGUUUUUUCUCAAGGCAAUGGGAAUGUAACAGUUAUUAUUCAGGGCUCUGUUACAGUGGCUGAGACUGAUGAUAGUUUUAUUUGUGCCACCAUAGAUUGGUGGCCACCUGAGAAGUGUAUUGGUAAAGAUUGCCCAUGGGGAAGGGCUUCUGUUCUAAAUUUGGAUUUGAAGAAUCCAUACCUAUCGGCGGCCAUCAAAGCAUUUAAUCCACUAAGGAUAAGAAUUGGAGGCACUCUGCAAGAUCGGAUCACGUAUGAUGUGGGAAGUUCGAACCAAGAUUGUGUCCCAUUAUCUGUGUCUGCUUCUGGACUUUUUGGUUUUUCAACAGGCUGUUUGAGCAUGCAAAGAUGGGAUGAGAUGAACCGUUUUCUUCAGAAUACAGGGGCAAUAGCCAUAUUUGGCCUAAAUGCUCUUCAAGGGAGACAACAAGGUAGUGAGGGUUUCUGGCAAGGCCCCUGGAACUCGACCAAUGCUCGCGAUUUCAUUGAAUACACGGUUUCCAAGGGAUAUCCCGUUACUUCGUGGGAGUUUGGAAAUGAGUUGAGUGGGCAUGGAAUAGGAGCAAGUGUUGAUUCAGACCAAUAUGCAAGAGAUUUAAUUUCCUUGAAAGGUAUUCUUGGAAAUCUGUACAGAAAUUCCGAAACAAAGCCAUUGCUGGUAGCACCUGGAGGGUUUUUUAACGAUCCACAGUGGUAUGCUGAGCUGCUCGAGGCUUCUGGGCCUAAUGUGCUCGAUGCCUUAACACAUCACAUAUAUAAUCUGGGUGGAGGUGAUGACCCACAUAUUGCAGACAGAAUUAAAGAUCCAAUUUAUUUAAGUGGGGCUGCAGAUACAUUCAGAGCUGUCCAACACACCAUAGAGGAGCAUGGGCCUUGGUCAUCUGCCUGGGUUGGUGAGGCUGGUGGUGUCUACAAUAGUGGCAGCUCUCUAGUCUCCAACACCUUCCUAAAUAGCUUUUGGUACUUGGAUCAACUAGGAAUGGCAUCUAAGUACAACACCAAGGUUUAUUGCAGACAGGCAUUGAUUGGAGGCAACUAUGGCCUCCUUGACAAAGAAACAUUCAUUCCAAAUCCUGAUUACUACAGUGCACUGCUUUGGCAUCAGCUCAUGGGGACAGGUGUUCUUGCUAUUGAUAUUAAUGGAUCUCCAUUCUUGAAAGCUUAUGCUCAUUGCAGAAAAUCUGGACCCGGUGUUGCCUUGCUCUUGAUCAACUACAGCGAAACCACAACUUUUAACACGACGGUGCAAAAUGAUCUGAACAUCGAUCUAACGGAAAAAGGCGUUCGGAAAGAUGGCUCUUUUACUCGUAAUAUGAAACGUUCGGUUUCGUGGAUUGGAAGGAAAGCUUUAGGUGGGUUUCUAACAAGAGAAGAAUAUCAUUUAACUGCCAAGGAUGGAGACUAUCUUAGCAGGAUAAUGCUUCUGAAUGGAAGUCCUCUGCAGAUUACAGAGUCGGGAGAGAUUCCAGAGCUAAGACCAGUUUUUGUUGCAGUUAAUGCACCCAUAACAUUAGCUCCUAUGUCCAUUGCAUUUGUUGUAUUUCCACAUUUUGAAGCUCAUGGUUGUGACCCUAAAUGAUGAUUUACAUAUCUAAACACCUGACCUUUAAUUUUUAUAUUUAUACUGCCCAAAAAUUUCAUGUCAUAAAAAAAAU